AUGGCCACCGCCAAGGGCGACAAGAUCGACAAAAUCAUUGCCCGGCUCCAGGCGCGCAUCGCCGAGGGGCAGUACUACGAAGCGCAGCAGCAGACCCGGGUCGUCGCGGCGCGCUACACAAAGGCCGCCAACUGGCCCGCCGCCAUUGACAUCCUGUACAAUGUCGCGCAGUCCCUGCUCAAGGCCGGCCAGGGCGGCAGCGGCGGCGACCUCAGCAUCCUCCUCGUCGACACCUACAAGCAGGCCCAGCUCAAGCCCGAUCCCACAGCAAAGGGCAGGCUGCUGACGUGCCUGCGGCUGUUCCAGAGCGAGGAGCCCACGAGGAAGAAGUACAUUAAUGAAAUGAUUGCGUGGUCAUCAAAAUUCGGCGAAUACCCAGCAGGCGACCCUGAACUACACCACGUGAUAGGGUCUCUGUAUGCAGAAGAGCAUUCCGCCUACGAUGCCGAGCGACAUUUGGUACUAGGCACAAAGGAGUCGCCCGAAGUUCUCGCCCGUAUGGAGUACGAGUGGUUCAAGGAGGACGAGUCGCACCUGGCAGCCCACUACGCUGCCCGCGCCGUCCUUCCUUACCUCAUCACAGCCAACGUGCGGUCUGCCAACGCCUCAUAUCGCGCCUUCACGAGCGCCCUGAGUCAAGACAAGGGGGCCCAGCUCAACGCCCAGGACGUCAGCAGCAAUACGGCCGACAUCCGCAUCUAUCCCAGCAUACCGCUGCUCAACUUCCUCGGACUCCUGCUGCUCAGUGUGCAGCGGGGAAGCCCGGACGUGUACAAACAGCUCACGACCAAGUAUGCAACACAUCUCAAGGAGGUCAGCUCAUGGCAAGAGGAUCUAGAGCUCAUCGGCGAGAUGUACUUCCAGAUCCAGCGGCCGAGACAGAGCAAUCCCCUCAUGGACAUGAUGAGUGGCUUCUUCGGUGGCGGUGCCGGUGGUGCGCCCAGUGCAACACCUCGUAGGCCGGCGAUAGGCAGCUCUAUGCCAGCUGCGGAGGGACUGGACUAA